GUUGGUUGGUUUGGGGUUUGCUCAGUAUGGAGGAGGAAGUGGUGGAUAAAUUAAAAAAGUUCGCAUUAUCGGAGAAAGAAGUUAAGGGAACUACGCUUGAUGAGGAAGACAUAGUGCCAGGGGUUCAAGAGUGUAAACUCAGUCUGAUCGGAAAACUGUUUGGGGAGAAGUGGGUCAACAUCAGUGGAUUCCAGGCAACUCUGAACAGAAUAUGGUUUACUAGCUCUCCAUACACAAUCAGGAACAUAGGGGUUAAUAUGUUCCAAUUUAUGUUCCAAAAUGAGGAAGACAAAGAGAAAAUUCUUCAGGGCAGAACGUGGAGCUUCGACGGUCAAUAUCUCCUUCUUAAGCAGUGGGAUCCUAACCAUAUGGGGUUCUCAGAGGAGGAGGAGAGGGUCAAGUUAUGGGUUCACAUUUUGAAUUUACCUCUCCAUUGGCUGUCAGCGGAGGUAGGUCUGAAGAUUGGGAAAUCGAUAGGAAGAGUGUGGGAAGCUAUAGUUCCGAAUGUUGGCAGCAAUAAUGGCCGCGUGGUGAAAAUCCUUGUGGAGCAGAAUCUGAAUGAACCCAUUCUGAGGGGUAUGAACAUUACUCUGCGACAGGAGACUCAUUGGGUGGAUUUCAGAUAUGAGGGUUUACUUAGCUUUUGUUUUUACUGUGGUAGAAUUGGACAUGGAGAUAAAACUUGUUCAGCUAAAAAAGAAGAUAUCAAUAGUAAUAUGCUCAAACUAGGGCAAUUUGGAGACUGGCUCGGGUCUUUUGGGGUUAGUCAAGGGGAUUCUAGAGGGUCUAUACCGAGUCUUGGGGAUAAGUCUGGGUCUGAGGUUAAACUCUCUCGAACUCAAGCUAAUGAGCCCGAGACUAAUGAGAGUGAAGGUAAAGGUCACUCUGUUGGUACCUCUAGUAAAAGUGGUACUGUAGGGAUCACAGACUUAGUGGUUAAGUCUCUUGAUAUACCUCAAGAGGUUGUUUCUGUGGCUGUUGCUCACAGUAAUCCUUUAAGUCCUAUUGUUGUGGAUAAUGAUAUGCUAAUUGACUCUUCUAAUAUUUCCUCCCCUAACAAUGUGGAUUGCUCUGAUUUGGUGGAAAUCAAAAUUGCUGAAUUUAAACCUUCUUCUGAAAUGCCUAAAACUAGGAAAGGUUUCAAAAGACAACCUAGAGCUGUUAAA